AUGGACGCUCCUUUAUCUGCAAGCUUCACCAGUAGCACGAGCACGGGUGACCGGUCUCGUCGCCCUUCAUAUACUCGCGCUUCGUCUCGUUCGAGCACCGGCGCCACCUCCGAUUCACGCAUGUCGGCACACACUGCGGACCGCUCCAUGUCGAACCUGAUUCCCUCACCACAGCUGCCUCUGUCGCAGCCGCAACAGCAAACCUCCUCCUUGUCCUCGACACAGUCGACUUCUCACAUCGUCCAUCGCUUCCAGGACGGCGCAAACAAGAGAGCAUCACCAGCACCGAGCACAAGCACUGAUUCAUCAAAGUUCCGGUCCAUCAACGAGUCUACCUCGGACCUUAAGUCGAUCGAUUCGAAACCGGCCCUGACCGCGACCUCCAGCUAUCUCCAAGAGAAGCUUCUGAAAGAACGCAAAGUUGAGAGCGAACGGAGCUCCAGCCGACUUAGCAACGACAAGAUGGCCUCGACGCUGGACCUGCGUGGAGGACAAAGCUCGCCUGCUAGAGCGCCUUUCGACAUCAGUCGACCCAAGUCCAGCACGGGCCACCUCGAUGGUGGCAAGAAGAAGUCUGGUGUUGGCUUGAAGGAGAUGGAACAGACUUUGACGACUCUGCACAAGCAAAAUUUCGACCUCAAGCUUGAGCUGUACCACCGCCGCGAGAAGCAGACCGCCCUCGAAGAGCAAUGCGGAAGCCUGGAGACAGAAAAGCGCGAGCUGGAAGAGAUCAAUGACAAGCUCAUGUCUGAGCUUGAAAUGCGCGAUAAGGCCGUUGAGGAGGCUGUUGCUAUGAUUGUGUCCCUGGAGGCUCGCCUGGAGGAACUCCUUCAGGAGCGCCAGAUGAUGCAGCAGGCUGAGAAGGAGCAGUUCUUUGCGACCGACGCCCGGCUAAGGAGCGCCCUUUCGUCUGCACUACACGAGACGACAAACGGCGCAGCGGGUACUGAAUCUGUCACAUCGUUUGACGAGACCCCAAAACCCACGACGAAGGCGGACGACGAUCAACGCACCAUCAACCGCAUGCCGAGCUUCGUGUCUGAGCGUAGCGAGCUUACGGAGAACCUGCGCAACGUGUAUCUCGGCACGCGAGCCGGCAGCCUCGUCAGCCUGCCCCGCAUGUCGGAAGACAAUAUGGACGUUGAUCUGCGGGACGGCAUUAACCGCAUCGCGAGCCCGAGCCUCAGUGUCCUGAGCGAAAGCUCUUUUCUCAGCAUAUACGGCAAGACACGAGACAUACCCACACAAGUCACAUCAGCGCCAUCGGAGCCACGCCCCAUGUCGCCUGUCGCCUGCGUGCCGGACAUUCCUCGCAGCAUGCCUGACGCCGGCUUGAAAGUCGAAGACUCGAAUGGAACUGCUGCAGCUGUAGUGGCACACGCCCUUGCAUCGACGGCACCGCCGCCUACAUCUUCCACUGUCACUGCCAACCGACCAGCGUCUCGGGCGCAGACACAGAACUCAUCGACGCCGACUAAGAAGCGAUCGAGUUCGAGCAACCGCAACCCUCACCUGAAUGAAAACCAGAACGCCGCCGCGUUCAAUUCCCUGACUGAUUUCCUCGGGACCAACUCGCCACUUCGGCAGCUGGAGAAAAUGGAGAUAUCACUCCAGGCGAUGAACGACGCAUCCCGCCCAGCCAGCCAGCACGGCCGCGCCGAGAUCGAGUCUCUGGCCCGCCACCUCCGCGAGCACGAGCUCGGCAAGUCCUAUGCCCGGCAGGCGAAGAAGGACGCUCUGCGCAGAGUGCGCACCGAUGCACCAUUUUCGCGUGACCCGCAUAAUCUGCCGCCAACCCCCGACACGAUCUCGACGUCGACCCUCCGCCGGUACAAGAACUCUAAUGACACUCUGUGCCUCCAGGACAAGGACGGUGCCAACGAGCGCAGCUACCUCGCCAUGUCCGAAGCCAACACGUCACGGUCCAGUAGCGGCGAGAAGCGCAUCUCGGCGCUGGAAUCCUUUGUCGACAGCAUCCCUGCCAUGCACCCACCGUCGACCUCGGCCUUCAACAGCCGCCGCCACGAGAUUGGCGGCCGCAGCACAUACUUUGACAGCCAACUGCAUAUCCCACCGCGCCCCCGGUCCGCAGACGAGACGACGAUUUCACAUCACGGCCGGGGCAGCGUCUGGGGCGACUCGGAGAGCUCCGACGAUGACAUGGACAUUGAUGGCAACGACUCAGCGUCCCUGCAUGACUACUGGCUGCGCGAAAGCCUGCGUCCCACGGGCCAGGCCCCGGCACCAUCGACGAGUCGCAGCCGCCGGGGUGGUCGCGUUUCGCCCGAUCUGUUUAGCUUCCCCACGACAUCCAACGGCUGGGCCACAACGGCCAUGUUUGGUUCGCUGAGCGGCCAGGGCUACCAGGGCUCUGCACCCCUGGCCCAAACUCUGGACGCCCUUGGUGCUUCCCUCCCUACGCCCGCGGCCGGCCUCUUUGGCUCCGACGGUCUCCUGGCAUCGCCUCUUCCCUACGGUAUGAACAUGAAUGGGAUCUCGUCCGGUCCGCCACCACCGCCACAUCGGCGCUCCAGCUUGCAUGCCCACACCGGUUCUACACACGGUUCGCGCCGCGGGUCACUACACGGUACCGCGCCCGGGACACCGUCUCUUGGUACACCCGGUUUGGCCAACAACAACAAGAACCGUCGUUCGCCUACGCGGCCCGGAACCACGACCGGUAAAGACGAAUUGAGCCCAAGCAAGGAACACAACAGCCAAAGUCAACCGCCUACGCCUUCCGCACCUGCCCCGGCCACCCAGCAAGAACAGAUGACCGUACCAAAGCAGCGACACUACCCGCCCACAUCGGGGUCCAACUCGAAUGCCACACGCAGUCGUGUGAUGAGCCUGUUCCGACGGUCGGGCUCGCACGAGCCAAGUUCGGCUGCGACGGCGGCUCUGGCGUCGUCGGCUACGGUGCCCGCCACGGCGACACCGACGGAGCCGACGUCUGCGCCCGCGAUUGGAAUGCCGUCGCGGGUGCGCCGCAACGAGCUGGACGAGGACCAUGCCGGUGGUCCGGGCGGCGCCAGUGCGACGCCUCCGCCGAUUCUGCGCAACCCGCGGCCUGUGCGCGGCGGCGGUGGGGAGGCUGGAGACACGGACGAAUCGGCGGUGCUUGUGAAGGAGGUCGUGACGCCCGUGCCGGCGCCGCAGGCCCCCGAGGCUGCGCCCACUGCCACAGCUACGGCGACACCCCUGCCGCAGGAAGUGCGCAAGAAGUGGCUGGGUCGGGUGACGGGCCUGCGCAACCGGGCGGGCUAG